AUGCCAUUUGAGCCAAAGAAAAAUGCUCCCAGUCAACAACGAUUUGCAGCGGCAACGAAGUUUAUCCUGAAGGACGUGCGUGAAACGAUAGUGCUUAUGAUGACGUCGUUUCAGGGAGGCCAGCCAGUGAACCGGCUAUACAAAGGAGUAAUCGAAGAAGUUUGCACGAGUGUUCGUGAAGCAUUUUUGGAUGAAGGCGUGGAUGAACAAGUUUUACAAGAGCUCAAGCAGGUGUGGGAAACGAAAGUAUUGGCUACAAAGGCAAUCGAUUCUUUCCAUGAAAACGUAUCACCGGUCGUACGCGGUAGUGUCAUCACUGGCGUGCCAGCUGGAACUGGAAUACGUAUUCCCGUUGUGCCGUUUUCUCCGCAAACUAUAUCCGCGACGAAUCUGGCAUUGCAACAUGGUGUUCUCGCGGGAAAUCCUCAAAGCUUCCUCAUACAGCCGUUGUCAGCCGGUAACGUACGCCUGCUUUCCAACUCUAACCAGAUAUCUGCACAACUGAUCCCCUCUCACGUGCUGUCCGGAUGCCAGGCCGGUCCAAGUCAGCGAAUAUACCAGGUAGAUGGAUCCGGUGGUCUAAGCGACGAUGAAGAGGUAGAUGAAAUUUUGGAAGAAGAAGAGACAUCAGAGAACCUAGGUCCGGUUGAGGAAGGUGAGCCGUUGAACUCUGAUGAUGACGUUAGCAAUGAGGAUGCGAAUGAACUUUUUGAAGCCGACAGUGUUGUAGCAUGUCAGUAUGAAAAGGUGACAAGAACUCGGAACAAAUGGAAAUUUAUAUUUAAAGACGGAAUUAUGAAUUUAAACGGGAAGGAUUUUGUGUUCAAUCGGGCAACCGGUGAAGCGGAGUUUUAA